ACGCGCGCAAAGCGGCACGUGCGCGCGCGCGCGCGCAGAUACGCGGAUGAAGCGGAGCGGGAAGCGCGCGCCACGGCUCUAGCACACAGCGCGAGGGGCUAUGGAGGAGCCGUUCCUCUGCGUUCGUCAACCACGUUUCUAAAGUGUAAGGGGACUGCGGCUGUCUACAGAAGUGGAGAGGAAACACAGACAACAUCACUGAUCUAUCUUGCAGGGUGACCCUUUGAUACGGUGCCUGUAAAUAGCAUCCCUGAUGUCCUGAACAGACAUUGAAUGGGCUGUUGAAACGAAGGACCGCAUACUGUAGAGUUGGAGUGGCCGGGGCUGGGGGCUGCAGUGUUCCAGUACACUCUCUCUCUCACUCUUUCUCUCUUUCUCUCUCUCCCUCUCUCUAUCUCUCCCUCUCUCUACACCUCUCUCUCUCUCUCUCUCUCUCUCUUUCUCUCUCUCUCUCUCUUCCUCUCCCUCCCUCUCCCCACCUCUCCCCCUUCUCUCUCUCCUCACAUGAGCCCUGGGUCUAAAUGCAAAGCUGUGGAACUGCUACAGCAGAUAUGAAGCUCUCACACACGGACUCCACACACACAGGGGUUCAAGAUGAUGACAGAUGAUCAAUUGCUUAUUGAUGAAAUGAGGAGAUAAGAGAAGAUAAUAUAAUCUCGUUCUUGCUGCUCAUUGCCACUGGAGAUUGUUCCAGACUACAGCAGAAUGUCAUUGUGUGACAGACUCCAUAGAUAAGGAGCAGCCUGCUGAAUCAGCCACGUCGGCAUCAUGGCAGGAGAGGCUAAACGGACAUAUGCCACCAAAGAGCUGGAUGCAGAGAAUAACCCGGAAGAAAAGAAGCUUGCAAGUGAGCAGUUCAACGAGAAAGCGUCGAAAGGAUCCCCUGAGCACUUUCAGAAUGUGUGUGUGGAGUCACAGACUGUUAACAAUAAUACUAAGUUUGUAGAAAAGGAGAAAGACAACACUCAACAACGUGAAGCUGUUAUCCGGCCACAGCAGGCAGGAAAAAUUGAUUUCAAGUCACUACAGAACCGUUCGAACUUUGCCAGUGAUAGAACAUGGCCUAAUGGCAAGGUCAGUCCUCAGUCUCCCAGUGGGAAAAGUCGUAUUCGGGAUAAGGGGAAAAAGUCAGGAAAAGCAGAGAGUGCUAAACCACAGCAGCUGUGCAGACUGAGUACUACCAAUUCACGUUCCAAUCCCACAAUAGGGAUAGCCUAUCCACAGCAGAAGCUUUCACCUCCCAAGAAGCUGGAGGCUAGCCGUGGCCCUGUAUCAGGCAGCUACAGGUUUCAUGUACCAAAUAUCCCAGAACGAGAGGCAGAACUGCAGCAGGAGGAGUUCAACCUCAACCGUUUCCAGGAGGGCUCUAACCUCAUUUCUCCGAACUAUACCUCACAAGUAGUGGGCUCUGCAGCAGGGGGCUCUUCUCACCAGCACCCAGCAACAACUGCACCUCAGCAGCAACCUGGUGCAUUGGAGACCAACAACACGCAACCUGUCAACCAAAUGCUUUUCCCUGACUUUCAGCUGAGUGGAGCUGACAUGUGGCAGUCUCCUGACAGGGCUUUCAGUAAUGCUAGUUUUGGGGUCCCAUCACAAAAGUCUACCAAUGUUGUGGAAGUGAACAAACCCAAUAGCUUUGUCCCAUUACCUUUUCAGUAUGGAUAUCCAUUGCUGGAUAAUGCAGAUUCUUUUCCCUGUGAUCAGAACCCACAGCCGCAAGAUCUGAUUGAAGCAUCUUUGGGUUCUAACCAAGUGAUCCAAAACUCAUUCUCUUUUCAGACUUCUGGGGAGGAGCAUGAGGUUGUGCAAAGCAAUGCAAAACUGAGUUACGAACAGUCAGAGGACAGGCAAUAUUCUUUACACUCCAAACCUCCCCAGUAUGUGCAGACUUCCCAUGCUAUACCAUCAUCUGUGCAUUGCACAAGAAACAUAGGUGAUGGUGUUAGUAAUAGUGAUAGCAAAGAAUCAAACAAUCAACAACCAGAGAAGAAAAAGGGUGCUUUAUCUGACAAAUCAGAUAAUUAUUGUCCAGUAGACUCUAGGGAUAUAGGUGCUACGGUAGGGGGCAAAAGAGGUUGCCAUUCAAAAAACAGUACUUCUACUCAAAGAAUUCUUGUUCAAGGCAGUGUACAUCACAUCAGAAAUAUUGCACAGAGUCAAGUUCCCCAAAUACAGUUUUCAAAAAAGAAUUACAACAGUUCCCCAACAAAUAUCAUCCAUGUGGGCUCGGCACCACUUGAUAAAAACAACAGAGUAGCACAACCCUGGGAAGGGCCCAACAAAGCCUUCCCAUUACCUUUAGAUCAGAACUCCACCACGUACCCAUUUCAGUGCCAACCUCCCCUUGAGCAAAGACAAAAUGCAGGAAUUAACAGCCGCAUGCCCUGGCAACAGAUCCGUCUUACUGCAGCCAUGCCAAACCAAAACAGGAUUGAGCUUUCCAGGCAACUUAGUAAUCAGCAAAUGGCUUUUUUGAUAACUCCCUCUGACUGGAAAGAGGAUAGCAAGUCUCAAAAAAAUAGCACACAGAAAAACUCUAACGAAUUUCCCAACAAUAAACCUAGUGAAGCUUUUUCAAAAAUGAGGCAAGACAGUGUCAAGCAGGGAUGCAGUACAAUAUCACCAUGUCAGUUUACAAAUAAACUGGAAUCAAGCCAAAACCAAGUUGGAGAUGCCAAAAACAAGUCAUUAUACUUCGCUGUAAAUCAUGCGGUGCAUGGGUCCACACCAAGGACCCCCAGUUACCCCCCAUUACAUGGUCCGUCUAUGGAACUAAUGAUGGUGUCCCCGUAUGAUUCACCCUCACAUUCACCCAUGCAAAACCAAAUGGCUAGCAGCACAUGUUCCUCUCUUUCACCAGACUCUACUAGCCCUGCCAGCAGCAGCUCUGAUGACAGCCAGAAGGCAUCUCCAUCUCAAUUUUAUAACCAGGCUCAAAGUAAGGCAUCGCUAGACAACCUGAGUUCUAAUCAGCAUCACUACCAUUCAGAUGUUUCCCACAGCCUGCGGUACAACCAAGAAAAAUCCAAAGACAAUAUUGUGAGUUUUUCUUCAAAUAUCAGACAGGGAAAAUCUAAUGUGGAAAGCGGGAAAGGUUGCUUGGACAGCUAUGGAAUGGAGCAGCGUCCACCACCACCAUAUUCAGCUCAUCAGCUAUUAGCUAGCUCUCUAGCCACAGCAAACCUUGACCAACUGGAUGUACUUCUCACAUGCAAGCAGUGUGAUCAGAAUUUUAACAACCUGGCUUCUUUUCUUGACCAUAAGCAAUACUGUGGACAGCAUACAUUUGCACAAAACGACUUCAAAGAUAUCCGGAAAGUGGAAGAUACACGAAAAUUUCAUGCAGAUCACACAAAGGCUAUUUCAUCUGGUACCAAUUUUGCCAUGUCACGGAGUUCAUCUGAUUUGCAGAUGUCCCUGCUAGGGCUUAACAAGAAUGGGGAGAUAAUGACUGACAGUGUAACCAAAGUUGAAUCAAAAGAUGAUCCAAUGAAACUCAUGCUGCCAUCUGCACCACUUCCUGACUUAGAGAUGGAAGAUGCUAAGUUAGACAGUCUCAUUACCGAGGCAUUGAAUGGCCUGGGUUAUCAGUCAGACAACGCAGAAAUUGAUAGUAGCUUUAUUGAUGCGUUUGCAGAUGAUGAGAUCACCACUACGAAAUGCUCAUCUAGUAGACAGACUCUAAAAACCAAAGACUCUGUGAUGCAUGAGAGCCGGAGUAAGCAUGAAUUCACAUCCAGUGAAAAAUCAUUAACACAGCAAAAGUAUACCUUUGAUGCUGACUUUGACUGCAUUACUGCUGAAAGCAAACAUGCUGAUGUUACCUACAAAGAAAAUAACCGGGAUUCGGAUGCACAUAAAGAGGGUACCAGAGAGGAGACCUCUCUUGUAAAGAGGGAAUCCACUUUGGAGGAAUCUAACACGCGUACAGAGUGGGUAAAAGAGACACAGAAGUCGGAUAAGACAGCAGAUGAAAGUGAGCUUGGUCCUAGGUUUCUCCUGUCCAGAAAGUUUUCAGAAAGAGGUGGACUUAAAACUUUACAAAGCAUCACUCCGUCAGUUAAAACGCCUACUCCUCAAUCCCCAUCUGCCACUAGGAGUUCCACACCUCAGAAGCCAAUUGUGAAGGAGAGGAAAAGAAAAAGGAUUAGUGGAGGGAGUUGGAGUAAGGAGCUCAUUCACAAAAUAGUUCAGCAGAAAAAUAAGCUUCAUAAGCUCAAUGUAAAAGGCACUAAAAACAUGCAGUUCUCACUUGUGAUGGAAAGGGUCACGCCCACAGUACAGAAUCCUACGUUCAGGGAGUAUGAUUACAUCUCCGAUUCAGAUGAGGACUGUGAGCCUGUGAAGAUAUCCAGCCAGGGACGCCUUAGUCAGAGCAUCCGUUGCAAGUACACAUAUACAAAAGAAUGUAAAGGAAGAAUAAGAGCAGAUAAGAACAGGGAAAGUCCAUGGAAGCAAGACAAGAUAGAGAGUUUUGAAUUGAAGAAAGCUGGAACUGUCUCCCCACCUUCAAUAAAUGAAAUAUCUGGCCAUCAGAGGGUGCGAAGACGGAGCAGCAGAUCUUCAACCAGCAGUGAACUCAGCACAUCUGUAAGUGUCUCUAGCGAGAGCAUCAGUAGCCCUAAAAGCAUUGAUCGCACAGAUUCAGACUGUGAAAAAAGAGUGGAGAUAAGGAAAAAAGACCAGGAAUCCUUUGAUCAGGAAAGAUCUCCACAAAGAAUACUAAAAGAGUCAAGUACAUCAUUAGCUUUGACCUUCACCAAAAACACAAAACAUUAUAGCACUGAUAAGAUUCUACUCUCUGAACUCAAAGACAGUUUUACUACGUCAAAGUGUUCAAAUGUCAUCAGUACAACAGAAGAGACUGCAUCAGAGCACACCUUGACUAAAAGUACUGUCAGCCUUGCAAGAUUCAAAACCACCAGAGUAGAGGUAGAGGAAAAAAUGGACCACUAUGGCUCUGAAUUGCGAAUUGCUGCAAACACAGAGGAGGCCACACCACUCAGCAAAGACUACAAAGAUUACAAACAGGCUAGCAUGCAUCUCAGAAGGACUGGCAUAACAAUGAAUUCAGUGAAGACCAAAAAUGAAAUCAAAAAGGAUCAAGCUUCAUCAAAGGGAAAAACAUUACAUAAGAACAAAGAGUCGCACCAAGAUUCAGAAUCCUCACCGACUUCCUUUGACACCUUUGGUAAUGAUAUUUCUGCAAUCAAAGAGACAAAGACUGAUCCGAGUGACUUGUUCUCUGAGCCACCAUCACUUUGCAGUUCACUCAUGGAUGAAGUGUGUUUAUCUUCUGCUAAACUUAAUGAUGCACUCCCACAGAAGGACAGAGCCUGUCUUAUGCCUUAUACAUUAGAACACGAACAGAGUCUUAUGAAAUCUCCCCUUUCAUUCGAUACAACAUCAAUGUUUGACCUGACAGUUGGUGGAUUUGACAAUAACCUGUACCCAGAUAUUCAACUAACCAAAGAAGGCUUCAGUCCAAUGGAGACUGCAGCUGAUAAGAAAGAGCUGUUUGAGUCAUCCUUUUCACCAUUACUAGAGCAGAGAGAUUGGAGCCUGAUGGUUGAUGUGACUCCUGAACUACCAGAUGAGAUUGCACAGUACAAAGAGGAUUCAGACAUAGCAACUGAUAAAAAGACCUGCUUUAAUCCAGUCCCUUUCACACUGACAGAGAAAAUAAUGGACUACCAUCCAAAUCUCAAUGCGUGUGUCUCUGACGAUGAGCUUGAGAUAAAGAGAAUUGUGACAGAACUUGAGAGCCAGCUCCAGUCAGCUAAGCUAAGUAGUCCUUCUCCACUUGACAAUGAGCCACCAAAACACUUGACUAUGAGUAAGUUUUCACCAUUAAGACUGGAUGAUCAUGAAACUGAGAGUGAUCAGAGUAGCAUGGAGGUGGUUUGCCCAUCAGAAAGCUUAGGACUUGCUGCACCAACCGACUCCCACUCAGAACUUUUCUCUGAACCUGACCUGCCAUGGUCCAGUCCAGUUCAGUUUGGUUUAAUGGGUGGACAACAGUGCCUUCACACCCCAACACACUCCACUGUGACAGACACCCCAAUUCAUUUAGGACCAGAAACCUUACAUGUAAAGGGUGGUGCAGAACUAAAUAUUCUGUCCACAGAGAAAUCAGCAGAACUAAGCAAUGAGGAAAAAUCUGGGAGCAGUGAUCCUCUGGGCACAGCUACAAACAAAUCAGAAGAGAUGAUUGAACAAGAAAUAUACACAGAAAACCUCAAGAAAAGCCUAGAAGUGAUCUCAGAUUCUUUGUCAUCGGGGCUGGAAUCGGCUCAAUCAUCUGUUCAGCAAACAGAAUGCAGCAAAGAGCUGGAAAAAGAGAAUGAUGAUAAGACAGAAAAGACUGUGUUCCCAGAUGAGUCUGAAAAAGUGGACUCCAGAUACGCUGUGGCAGAACUUACUGAGUGCUCAUCAGAUUUAAAUAAAACAUCGGAGGAGCCACCCAAGCUUAUUUCAGCUGAUAUUUGUGAGUCAAAUGUAAGUAACAAAACAGAAAACUCCAGUGAUGUUGAGAAUAAUGAUGUCAGUCUGCAUGACAAGGACACACAGGUAAAUGAGCUACAACCUGCGAGCACUUGUGUUUCAGUCAACAACUCUGAAGAAUCAAAGUUGCCACCUGUUUUAUUUGACCAUAAAACUUGUGAACCACCAGCAGAGACACGGAAAGUUAAUCCUGAACCAGAAGUUCAGAAGUCUAGAAGAACCAAAGAUUUUAAUUUAGAGGAAUCUCCCAGCAAUCCAAAUGCUUUGACAACACUACCAGAUGUGGUAAAAGAUGAAAGCACAAAGUCCCUCCAACGAGAAAGCAGCCAAGCAAAAGAGAUGUUCAUAGAAACAAAUGCUACCAAAGAUUGCAAAACCAUGCUUGAAUCUGCAUCAGUAAAACAAGCUGAUGAAACUGAAAUUGACAAAGUGGAGAGAGCAAGAGAUAAUGUAAUGCCAGAUAAUGCCUCUGUCCUUGAGAGCAUUAAGUCUCCUCAUAGUGAAGGUGGCAAGUCACAUGAAAUUCUGAGAAAUGACACAGACACAGUGAGCCCUCAAGAGCAAUCACAAAUGGACAGAGUGGCUCAGAGCUGUGGGGCCACAUUGAGAAUGCCAUUUUCUGAUGCACACAAUUUAUGUGGAGAGAAUGCACAAAUCGAUGGGAAUGAGGAUCCAAAACUAGAAUCUAUACCACCAAUUAGUCCAUCACCACUGGUUUCUCCAUAUGUUCCUACAAAGAAUUCAUCUUUGCAAGGAGAAAAGAGUCUGUUAUCAACUUGUUGGACCAAUAUCAACAUAAUUAGCCCUACUUUGAUUGAUGAAACGCUGAAUUUUAAGAGUUCUGCAGAUGUGGAUGUUGCUAGGUCACUGCAUACAUGUGAGUCAUCGAACACAGCUACAGAGAUAAAUAAUUCAUUUGCUUCCGAUCUCAACUUUGCAGAAACAGCAGAAAGCAAAAUAUCUAGCCCCAGAACAAUGUUAGCUGUGGACAGCAUCUCCAAGCAACCUUUUUACGAGGCAAAUGAGAAAUCAGAAAUAUUGGAUGUUACCCAAAACAAAGACCCGUUGUAUGAAUUCAAACUAAGCCCAAUGGAUUAUAGCGAAACACAUUUCACUAGCUGCAGCCUAAGUUCUGAAACUUUGAAUAAAAAUAUUGAUGUUCAGUCCAACAUUAAGUCAAGCCCUAAAGACAGCCUCAACCUCAAUGCUUGUGCACUGACUCUAAAUACGCAGCUAUCGUCAAAUUGUCGUCUCAGCCCAAUACAUGUUCAAAAUGAGCUUGAAUUAACUACCUAUGAUCACUUGGUCAAACUGGACAUGCCGCAUUUUCAUGACGCUGCAAACCAAAAUGAUAUUAAGUACUGCUGCAUUUCACCCACCAAUAAUCACCAUGUGGAACAUAGAGCUUCAGAUGAUACAGAACAACUCUCAAAACAUCACCAAGAUACUAUAAGCACUUGUCACGUUCCCCUUGAUUCUAUUGAUUACAUGGACUUAAACAUCAAUCUUCUGAGGAAGACAGAUGCUAAGAAUGUGGAAAGUGAGAUAACUACAUUCAAGCUUGAUGCAUUGCCUCAGAACCCUGUUAUGUCCAAUGUUCAAGAAACACCAAAUCCUAAAGAGCGAUUACCAACCGGAUCCAUAAGUUUCAUAAGUGUGACAAAGCCGAUGAUGGGACAGUGCACAAAGCAGUCAGAAGUAAAGUCCUCACCGAAAAAGGGUGGCACACAGAAUGCAGUUCAAGGGAAAUUUCAGUGUGAAAUAUGCUUGAUGUACUUCCGUACUCUACCUGGACUUAAGCGACACAAAGCCAUGAAGCACACCGUUAAAAGUGAAGUAAUAACUGUCCAAAAGCCACCUUUGAACAGCCAAAGCUUUGUGCCACACCCUGUAGAUAAGGAGCUGAAAGAUAACAUGAGGAUCCUUGAUCCAGUGGUGUUGCUGAAUCCCAGCACUGAUGCCACACCUGUAACACAUUGCGAUCUAGCAGCUCUGAAUUCAGUAUUUGAAGGCAAGCCAAAAGAAUCACUUGUUUCCAAAAGUACAGUGAGUAAUGACAAGGAGGACAUGCCUCCAAUAAUUGAGAAAGCAAAGAAAAAUAACAAAGUUAAAAGAAGUAAGAGCAUGGAUGUCGCCAACGAAGGGUUCAUGCACAAACUAGUGAAGAAAGACCCUUUCCCAGACGAAUUGCUUAGUAUACUUAAAACAGACAUAUUACAGGCCAUUUCCCCCGAUUUUCCCACAAUGACACAACCAGAAUGUCCCAGGUCAAGUGGAAAACUGAGUACAGCUAACAGUCCUAAUUAUCAAGAGGUGAAAGUCACAGAAGACAUUCAGUGCAUAGAAAGUGCUUGCAUUGAUGAGCAAGAGAUAACAGCUUUGCCUAAGUGCCCUGAAAUGUACCACCAUGCAGCUGAAGCAGACAAUACCACAGCAAAGCCAGAGAUUUGUGCAAGCCUAAAUGCCUUAGAAAAUAAUGGACAGGCAAAUGAUACAAUUUCUGGGGAAUAUCUUGGCAUUAAAGAAAUCUGUGAUCCAUGUGAGGAUCCUUCAGUUGCGAUCAAAAGUGAGACAAUGACUUAUCCCACAGAUGAAAGCAGUUCCCACUGUGAGGGUUAUAAAGAUCCACCAAUAAGCCCUAGUGGGCUGGGCACUGACCUCAAAGAUCUCUUUGAUGAUGAAAACACAUUCUCCCAAUUAUUCCCAAGGAAUGAUGAAAUGAAAAGGAAAAAGUGUGCACGUGUUUAUGGUAAAAGUAGCAAAAAGCAGAAACAAAUGCUGAGCUUAGUUUCUGACUAUACUGGCUCAAACACGUUUUCUGAUAACAAUGAGGAGUAUACGAAAAAGCCAGACAACGUAUUUGCUAGCAGUCUGGAAGAACAUUGUGAAUAUGAAACUAUAUCACUUGAUGAUGCUAAAAUGCUUGAAAUGUGCCAUAAGAGCACGCUGAAAAGUUCUCCUCAGAAAGGUUUUCCACAAGAUGUCACAACAGAUCAUCAGGUUGGACAUGAAGACACUCAAGAGGCUAGAAUUGGUGACUUUUUAUGCCAUACAGAAGAUGACAUUCUACAACCUGCAGUGAACUUAAAUGGAUCUGAAGACAGAAAUAUAGACACAGGGUCAGAUGCCAAGGAAAACUGUAAAUCUGAUGAGCCUUGCCCUCUGCAGUUGGUCUGUGUUCAAGAUAAUGUCCCUCGAUACCCAAGCAUUGACAUUCAGAACUUUAACACCACAUUUCAGCUCCCUGAAAUGCCACUGUUUGAGUCUGAAAGAGAUAUGUCUGUGGUUGAGGCCAUUGUGCCCAAGAAAUCACCCAAGAAAACCACAGAAUGCCGGAAUAGAAAACGUAUUGAGACUGGACUGAAGCCCAAGGACAAGCAGUACAAAUGCAAAGUGUGUUUCACGUGGUUCCUCACAUUAGGGGAGUUGGACUUCCACAAGCUUUCUCACAAUCCUUCACCUCCUCCCACAUGCUAUAUGUGUGUCCAGCGCAAAUUUAGCUCCCGUGAGCAACUUCGAGACCAUCUGAGGGAGAAGCAUGUCAAGAAUAAAGCAGGUGUCUGGACUUGUGGCAUGUGCUUGAAGGAAAUAUCGGAUGUGUGGAUGUACAAUGAACACCUGCGUGAGCAUGCCACACAGUUUGCUCGAAAGGGUCAGUCUCAAAGUUCCCUGCUGGACAUGCCAGGCUGCUUCAUGCAGGAGAAUGCUGUGAAGAACUUCAUAUCUUCAAUCAUGCAACAUCAGUCGAAAAAGUCUAUCAGGGGGGAGAAUGCAAAAUCAUCUAAGGAGGAGAGGAAAGCUUCGACAGAUGUCUCUGGAGUAGAGCAAAAAUCCUCAGACACGUGUGAGCCUGAAACAAUAAAGAGCAAAGUAGGAAGUGCUGGGGGAGGAAAUAAACAUAGUAUAUUCACACCCCUUGAAGUUCUGCCCAAAGCAGACACUACCCCGAAAAAUGUUGAAAUGCAUCCCAACUGCAAAGAUCCCUCACGGGACUGUCACCACUGCGGCAAGCAGUUUCCAAAACCAUUUAAGCUUCAGCGACACUUGGUGGUUCACAAUUUGCAAAAGAUUUUCAUGUGUCAUAAAUGUCCAGUCUCAUAUCAGCAAGCAAAAGAGCUUAAAGAUCACCUGAAAAGUGAACACGAGGAGGUGGAUGAACCCGAUUCAAAGCACACUACCCUGUAUACGUGUGAGCUCUGUGCUGAUGUUAUGCAUGUAAUUAAGAAGUCCUUCAUCUGCAGUACCUGCAACUACACUUUCUCUAAAAAAGAACAGUUUGAUCGUCAUAUGGAGAAACACCUGGCAGGUGGCAGCAAGAUAUUUAAGUUCAGGGGGGUGGUGAGACCCUGCAAGUCCAAAGAGGAUGAGUUUGAUAUGCCAGCAAAUAAGAAGAGGAAGAUACUGCCUGAGAAUUCUCAAGAAAACAGUUUGAACAUUAACAGCAUUCAAUCCGUACACAUACAACAGACCACAGACAUACAGGGUCUGAAACCAGUCACAAACAACUCAUGCAACAGCACUGAUGAAGACAAACUGCCUACUGACACAAAUAACACAAGUGUAAAAAUUGAGGACGUGGUAGAAGAUCUUUCUGGGGCUCUGGAGCAGCAUCAGUCCCAAAUGACUUCUGCUGAAAACACCCUUAACACAAAAACAACGACUAAGGAAGAAGAUAAUGAAGACUUGCACAUGACACAUACACAUGACAUUCCAGACACAGAUACCAAAGAGGUUGGUACAGAUUACAAGGCUUCUCUGAAUGAGAUCUGUGAUGUUAAAGUUGAGGAUGACUGUGGAGCAACUCAGACCACAUCAAAAAUGCCAAUUCCAAAUGAGAGUAAUGUCCCCAAUAACAAGAUGAAAGAAGGCAACGAUUUGUUAGAUGCAAAUGAGAAGGAGUGCAAUUCAGAUCUGUGCAGUUUGCAAUUUCCUAAUCAAACAAGUAAAAGCGUGCAAAGCAAUCAAACAGAAGACCUUUUGCCUAAUGUUAUCAGACUGCCAUCACUAUCCAACGAGAUAAAUCACCUGAGGCGGGACCAGAUAAAUGAAUGUGCAUCUACUGGGAAUGAAAAUGAACAAAUCAUAAACAAUAAUGACCAGUCCAUAAGUGUCCUGGGUAAAGAAAGAACAUCUGUGAAAUCAGAGGAAAACGUUAAACAAUGCCUUGACAAUAGCACAAAGUCCGAAAGCAUUACAGUUACAGAUGCUGCAGGUGUAAAUCAAACCAAGAUUUCCCUCAGCUCCGUUCCAGCUGAAGACAAGGACUGUGUGAAACUGAAAAAAAGGAAAGAUCUCAAGACGUUGCCAAGUUUGCCAAGGACAGCACCCGCUGUUACACGUGAGAAUCUUGGAAUUGACCCAAAAGUCAAAAAGAAAUUUCGGUCCAACAAAUGCGAGAGAGCGGCCGGUCAACGGAAAGGCGACAUCUCUGCUGACUAUCCCGUGCUCACAUCAGUAAAGGAUGAAAUGACCAGUAACAAAAUUGUCUCAAAGCACAAAACAGGAACUCUGGACUUACAACCGAAGAGAGGCUCUGACAAUUUUUCACCCAAGAAAGAAGAGCUUGUCCGCCAUUUGAACUGGGAUUGCCGAGGGAAAAAAGGUGUGCCGGGUAGAGCCAUCCAUUCUGCCACCUCCAAGGUGUCAGUAACCUCUAUGAGCAAUUCAUUUAACAAAUCCCGUCCCAAGCUUGGGGUCAAGUCUGUAGAUACACAAUCUUAUCAUACUGCAGAGUCACAUAACAGCCUCCUUAGCAAGCUAUUUGGCCAAAGACUCACUGGUUUUAAGAUUCCAUUAAGGAAGGACACUUCUGAAUCCAUUAACUGAGAAUUUGAUGCUACUAAGGAGGAGGGAACUACGCUAUCCACUAGUUGAUCAAGACAUUUUCUUUUUAAAAAAAAUGAGAAUGAGAUUGUAUGCCCCUCCUCUAAGAAUUGUUUUUUUUUGUUUUGUUUUUUUGUUUUUUAAAUAGUCACUUUAUUACCUUGUAUCUUCUUGUAAAUGUUUCAUGUGAUGGCGAGGACAUGUGAUAAAGUUUAUAAAUAUGAAAUGAACUAGCUGGUUUGCCAGCCAACUUUUACAAAUAACUUUAUUUUCUCUACCUUGAACAUUAACUUACAGAGUCUGUAUUUCAUGAGAAAAGAAAAAUAAUUGAGAAAAAAAAAAAAAAAAAACAGUACUUGAAAGUUACCUGACUUUUUCAAAUUAUGCAUGACACAUUCACCACAUGUUGUAGAUGGGGUUUAUUUUAUUUUAUUUUUCUCUUGUGCAACAGUACCAAAUGAUAUUUCAAUUCUGAACUACAUCAAUGUGCCUUUUUCUUUUUUUUUUUUCUUUUUUUUUUUGUAUGCUUCGUAGAAUUACGCUUUCAUACUCUCUUACCUUUACUGUAUUGCAGUGACAUUCAAUGUAUUAGCUUUUGUAUAAACAAUAAUUGGUGCUAUAUUAUUUUUUGAUUUUUAUUGUAAUGUGAACACAAAUGUCCUCUAACUGAAGGGAACAUGUAGCGGAUACAUUCAUCAAAUCAUUCUUGCUGGUACUUCUAUAAGUUUCUUGGGGAAAUGAGAAAACAAAUACUGUGCAAAAAGGGUCGAUUUGUCAAAAAGUUGUCAUUUGGUCUCCUCAAAAAAAAAAAAACUAAAUUGUGACUAAAUUCAAUAUAAUAUCUGUUUGAUUUGAUGAACUCAGGUGCUAACAAGGAAAACUCUUGCGCAUGAACCCCUUAUUAGGAAUUCCUCUCAUGCACUGAUGUUACUACAUACCAAAUCCACAAUCAGUUAGCUAGAUGUCAUCCAAAUGUUUUAUUAUAAUUACUAUUAUUUACUAGAACACAAAAAAGGUGCUUUAUCUUGUUUAUAUGUAUCUUAUAUUGUAUUAUAUUGUAGGUAGAUUAUCUUUGGUGCAAUGCAUAAUGUUCAAAAGUUCUAUUUUAAUAAUGUGCAACAGAUGAAGAGAAUGAGAAAAGGGAAUUGCUAAGCCUAGCGAAGGCUUCUAAGUGGUUCACAAAAUGCCUCAUAUAAAGUUGGUUAUUAAAAAAUCUGCAGUCUUCCUUUGUUUCUUUGUCUUUACUAGUAGACGGAGCUGUGCGCGGCGUUGUUGACACAUCCAAAACUAUUUGAAUAAUUGCUCAUUAGUGUUAAUUAUGGUGAGCUAUAUUAGCAAUCGACCAUGAAAUCCCCCCCUCACACACACACACAAAUCCAAUUGUGCAAAUUUACUCUGGAUCUCUUAAUUGCCUUUAUUGAGAAUAGAAAUUGCAAAAUGGUUACACUUCUUUCUUUCUUUCUUUUUCAGAGAGAAGAUGAAUAUAGAUGCAGUUUCACAUUGUAUAGAUUGCUAAAUCACACCUCAUAACAAAUGGUCUGUCAUAGAAAUGAGAGCAUGCUAUCUUCUUCAUGGAGGUAUUUCUACAGCAGCCAAGUAGACAAGGGUUUGGUUUUAUUUACUGAAUAAACAAUAGCAAAGGAAGUUAAGUGCAUGUGUUGAUUUCACGGCUGCUACUUUAAAUUAUUAACAGUCUUUAAAUGUUUUUACGUGAGUCAAAUCUGUUGUUUUAUCACAAGUUUUAAAUAUCCAUUAAUCUAUUUCUUUAUUAUUUCAUUACUUGCUCUAGACCAACAACGGUAAUGAUCUAGUAAAGAAAUGGCAUGAUAAUUUCCCCCAAAGAGAAAUCAUUAGAAUUACAGAAAGGAUCACAAUACAAAAUUAAGUGAGGAAUCUUGACAAAUGAUCUCCCUUGACUACACGCUGAACUGGGCCGUUAUUUUCAGUUGAUAGUUCACUCUGUGUUUAGUGGCUUGUAUCCCUACAUGAGUCACAUUCACUAUCACAUAGGAAUAAAAAGCCAUAAGACACAGCAGCUUAUACAGGGACAGACCAGACUUCCCUGGCUUGCAAAAUAGCUUGUUCUACCUGGAUAGAAGGACGGGGGCACAGAGAGACAGAGUUAUAUAUUCAAAUGAACAAAAUGUGUAGGAAUAAUAAGCAGUGGUUUUCUUUCUGUCAGGAAUAGCUGGUGAUUUGGGAUGAGAUCAAAUAUGGUGAUAUGACACUGAUGAGAUUUUAAAGAGAAAAAUGAUUAUGAUUUAUGUGAAAAAGUGUCCACACAUGAUCACAUACGAAGGCCAAAUACUGUGUAGCUGGCAUUCUCGAUAUGAACUAUAGUCCUGAAUAGUUGUCAGAAUCAGGUUUAUGUUUUUACACACACACGAGGAAUUUAGUACCUGCUGCUGGUGACGCUCAAAAAUAUUUUUAUUUUAUAUUUAAAAAGUACACUAUGCAUUUAAUUUGCAAAAAAAAAAAAAAAUGCUAUAUGGAAAAAAUAAAUAAA